AAUCCAUUUUCAUUUAUUGUUUAUAAAAAUAUUUAUACCUAAAACAUUUCGACAGAAAUAGUUACAAUUCAAUUAAUAUAGAUUAAGUGCAACUAUUAAUUUCAUAUAAGUAUAUGAACUACAAUACGAUGCCGGCAAUCGACGCAUCCUUAAGUGAUGAAGAUUACAUUAUUACAAGAGCUAAAGAAGCUCAAAAAUACAAUAUACAUUCUGCAAAGGCAUGGAUGCUGACAGCAAAAACAUUAUUUCCUUCUAAUUUCAAAAUACAAUUUGAGGCGUAUGUAAUGGAAAAGCAAUCCGGUAAUGUUCAAGAAGCAGCAGAAUGUUUCAGUUCACUGAUGUUGUCAAGACAGAAUAUGCCUGAUUUAUUGCCUGAAAUAUCAGCAAUUGCAAAUGCUCUUAAAUCAACUGAUAUAAAUUUCUUAAGUCAAAUGUUUGACAAUAUCAGUCCUGAUAUCCAACUCACAAUUUUAAAAACAAGUGUUGAAAACAGUGAUGAUACUAUGGAGCAUUGUAGAUUAUUGGUUUUAUUACUGAAAAAAUUCCCACAGUUAGGAGUUGACAGUCUUGUUAAAACUAUGAUAAAUUCUGAAAAAUUUUUCUAUGACAACCGGUAUACACGUUUGCUAGUUGUAGAGACCUUACCCUUACUGAGUUCUCUAGAAUCACCAAGAUUACUUCAACGGUUAUUAGUAAAGGCUAUUGACUUUUAUAAUUCAUAUGUGUAUGAUGAGACAGAACAUGAUAUAACAGAUCCCUGGCAGCGACUUUACGGAGUUUUGGACUUGCUUGGAAGGCAAUUAGGAUGGGAUCCAUUUCUCAUUAACUACAAUAAUAGUCUCAAUAAAGAAACUUAUUUUCAGAAAUUAGUAACCUUACGAAACUGUGAAGACUGUCGUCAGUUAUUGUACUGUGGUGUAACAUUAUUUUUGAGGUCUUUGUAUGAACAAAGAACUCUGAAGGGGAAUCAUAUUUUAAUAGAAGCACUGUCAGACCCAGAGUUGCCUCCAUCCAAACGAAGAAAGGGUGAUGUGGAAGUUACAGGUGUAUCGGCUCAUCAGUUUCAGGCAGCUGCAAAUUGUUGGGAAUUGUUACAUAGUGAUGACAUUAUAUCACGUGAAUUUACAAAAUUAGUUAAUCAACUGCAAGUUAAACCUUGGUCUGAAGGUUUUAUUGAUGAAUUGACACUAUAUAGGGGACAGUAUGACGAGAUGUCACUACCUCCCACAUCAACUGCACUUUCAGCUUGUAUUGUGAGAGUGUCUAUAAAUUACUCUCAGAAAAAGUAUUCAGCUUGUAUUGAGAAUAUAUUAGCAGCAUUGCCACAAUUACCGCCAAUAGAAGGGGUAUUGGAAUCAGAUUUGAUAGUUGGAGGCAAACAUAGACACUUGCAUUUCUUGCCUAUGACAAAAGUGGCUAUAGUGCAUUAUUUUUGUACUCUACUUAUACGAAUUCUAUUGAGUACUGGCAAUAAUUCUGAUUUAACAAUUGGCCACAUACUGGUAUUAAUUCAGUUGGGUUGGCCCCAAGAGGAAGGAAUAUUUCUUCAAAUAUUGGAUAUAAUAAGACAGAAAGGUGUAUUCCAUUAUCAUUUAUUUUCAGCAUAUAUUGUACACAUAGAUAUAUUGGAAGAACUUAGUUACAUUUGGAAUGAAAAUAGCAAUAAUAUUGCAUUGGACAUACUCCCUAAUUCUCAGCAACAUCUUGGCCAAAGACGAAUUGGGACGCGUGGUGCUGAUAAAGGAGUUAAAGAAGAUUUUAAACAAGCUAUGAAAGCACAAGUGGCCAGAAGUAAUGAAUCUAUACUCAAUUUGAUGAUACAAUUCAUAACAUCUGAAAGACCAUACCUUCUUCAAAUAUAAAUAAU